UUUAGCUGUGUACACAGGAAGUAAAUUCAAGUCAGCCUGGGACAAGUAGGUUGUAAUUUGCCAGUAUACCAAGGGUUUUCGUCAGUACACAGAAACAUUUCAUAUCAUUUGGAACUGUAGUAUAUCGGUUAUUCAAGAUGCUGAUCAAAGUUAAGACUCUCACUGGAAAGGAAAUAGAGAUCGACAUAGAGCCCACAGACAAGGUGGAGCGGAUUAAAGAAAGGGUGGAGGAGAAGGAAGGGAUCCCCCCACAGCAACAGAGACUCAUCUACAGCGGUAAACAGAUGAAUGAUGAGAAGACGGCUGCAGACUACAAGAUCCAGGGAGGCUCGGUGCUCCAUCUUGUGCUGGCGCUAAGAGGCGGCUCAACGCCGCACAGGCCCUGCAUACGCCGCUCCUCUUUGUCAUGAGUCGCUGUUGUUGCGUUGGGGCCAGCCGAGGGCCAACACUGUAGGUGUCCGUCACCGUCUAACCAUGUUUCAGCACAGAGAUCUGAAAUCCCCACGCAAAGAAAAUAUAAUCAACCAACAACGGCAACAAGAAGAAGAAAAGACGUUCUGAUUCCUUUGUAGAUGUUUUUUUUUUUUUUUUUUUGUAAACCCACAUUGGCUUUCUGAGUUUGACCAGUUGAUGCAGGCUCCCAUGCAGUACAGAAGAAAAACACUGUGGUCUUUUUGCUUGUGAAUAAAUGCUGAAGUUGA